GCGCGCAGCGACAAAAUAGUUCCACCACCACCCCAGCCCUCCUCAGACGUCGCUAUCGCUUAAGAACAUUAAAAUUCUAAAAAAGAGAGUAAAACGUAGGGACAUCCCGCGUUAACGUUCUUCACACGUUCUUCACACAAUAUUCGAUUAGUAGUUAACGAUAAAUAACAAACAUUUUUUUUUAAUAACGUCGCAACGCUCCGGGGCCUACCCGCUCUUUCCCCGCGAAGCCUAGUGCCUUGCCUAGCGAGCCCCCAGCCGCCGAGCGUUCGAGGCCUACCCGCUCGUCCCGCGAAGCCUAGCCCCUUGCCUAGCGGUCCCCCGCCGCCGAGGUCGGCGACGAUGGCCUCCGCCGGGGUUAUAGACUUCAGGGACCCCCAGGCGGGAGUGGAUGGCGGCGGCGUUGGCGGCGUUGGCGGCGGCGUCGGCGGCGAGGAGCCCAAGAAGUUGACGCGAGAGGACUGGAGGAAGAAGAAGGAGCUCGAGGAGCAGCGGAAACUCGGGAACGCUCCGGCCGAGGUGGACGAGGAGGGAAGAGACAUCAACCCGCACAUCCCCCAGUACAUCUCGUCCGUGCCUUGGUACGUGGACCCCAGCAAGAGGCCGACCCUCAAGCACCAGAGGCCCCAGCCGGAGAGGCAGUACGAGUUCACGGACUGUAGUCAAUGGUUCCACAGAGGCGUCAAUACCCAAUCGGUCGCCACCAAGUUUCGCAAGGGAGCCUGCGGCAACUGCGGCGCCACCACUCACAAAAAGAAAGACUGCAUGGAGCGUCCUCGCCGUGUGGGUGCCCAGCACACCGGUGCCGACAUCGCCCCCGACGAGUUUGCCCAGCCGACUCUCGCCUUCGACUUUGACGGCAAACGCGACCGCUGGAACGGCUACGACCCCUCGGAGCACUCGCGCAUCGUGCACGAGUACGCCAAGAUCGACUCGGCUAAGCGGCAGCUGAAGGCUCAGAAGUUACAGGAGGAGCUGGCAUCUGGCAACCUGGAGUCUGUUGUGCACGAGAAGGACAACAGCGGGGACGAGGAUGAGGAUAAGUACGCCGAUGACGUUGACAUGCCGGGCACCAACUUCGACUCGAAGCGGCGCAUUACCGUGCGCAACCUGCGCAUCCGUGAAGACACCGCCAAGUACCUGAGGAACCUUGACCCCAACUCCGCUUACUAUGACCCCAAGACUCGGUCCAUGAGGGAAAACCCUUACUCCAACAUGGGCAAGACAGAGGAAGAGUGAGUCACCCGCUCACCUAGUCACUCACCUAGUC